UCAAGGGAAUCAGGAUCUAACCCGGCCACCGUACUCGCUUUUUUUCUAGUGGGAGGGGCCAGGGGAGGGGUGACCCUGCCCGAGCCGCGGCUGCCAGCGACAUGUUCAAGGUAAUUCAGAGAUCUGUGGGGCCAGCCAGCCUGAGCCUGCUCACCUUCAGAGUCUAUGCAGCACCCAAAAAGGACUCGCCUCACAAAAGUUACAUGAAGAUCGAUGAGCUCUCACUCUACUCAGUUCCUGAGGGUCAAUCUAAAUAUGUGGAGGAGCCAAGGACUCAACUUGAAGAAAACAUCUCAGAACUCCGACAUCGUUGUGAGCCAUAUACAAAUUUGUGUCAGGAAAUAUACUCCCAUACUAAACCCAAGGUGGAACACUUUGUCCAGUGGGGAGUAGACAACUAUAACUAUCUUCAAAAUGCGCCUCCUGGAUUUUACCCAAGACUCGGUGUUAUUGGUUUUGCUGGUUUUGUUGGACUCCUUUUUGCUAGAGGUAGGUACAAUUUUUUUAGGAUUUCCCCCCCACCCACCCAGUAA